GGAAGAUUGUGUAUUCCCCUGAAAAGACCACAAGUUUAAUCUGAAAUCCUGCCCAUCCAGGAUCUCAAGAAUUGGCAAGAAGCAAGGACCAUUUGGUUAAGUAUUUCCUGCAGAUUUCUUUCUCAUCAGUGCUUGGGAUUGGCAUGGCUUUUUCAAAGCAAUAGCCGCAGGUCAAGUUUGGAGGUAGUUGUUGCUGGUUACAUACAAGGCUGGUUCCAGAUGUGCACAAAACUAGAUUUGCAUUUGUGGCCCCAGUGGUGGUGUAAGCCAUGAAGUUGUACUUCAGAUAUGGUGUGUGUCCAAUUUUACCUUUACAGUGACUCAGUUUGAAAGGUAAUAGCACAGUCAAAUUUAGGUUGGAAGGGACCUCUGGUGGUUAUCUGGUCCAACUUCCUGCUCAAAGCAUGUUCAACUAGAUCAGGUGCAAGAUGUCUGCCCUGAGGCUGAUUUCUAACAGAACCUCCCAGCAGGCCUUGUCUAACUCUGAUUACACCUGGGAGUACGAGUACUAUGAGUAUGGACCAGUGUCGUUUGAAGGCCUGAAGGCUCAUAAGUAUUCCAUUGUGAUUGGAUUUUGGGUUGGUCUUGCAGUUUUUGUCAUCUUCAUGUUUUUUGUCCUGACCCUGCUGACGAAGACAGGAGCACCACAUCAAGAAAAUGCAGAACCUUCUGAAAAAAGACUUCGCAUGAAUAGCUUUGUGGCAGAUUUUGGAAGACCUCUAGAGUCGGAGAGGGUCUUUUCUCGUCAAAUGGCUGAAGAAUCCCGGUCACUUUUCCAUUUCUGUAUUAAUGAAGUGGAACAUUUGGACAAAGCAAAACAAAGUCAGAAAGGUCCAGGUCUGGAGAGUAAUAUCCACUUCCAGGAAGUUCCUGGGAGCGGUGGAAUGUUUGAGGAGGACCUGAAUUGUCUUACAAAAUUUAACAUUCCGAACUUUGUGAACACUGAGCAGAACUCUUCACUAGGUGAGGAUGAUCUCCUCAUCUCAGAGCCACCAAUCAUUUUAGAAAGCAAAUUGGUCAUGCAAUCUUCCCAUCGGAUCCUUGACUGAAAAGUCUUACUUUAAGGUAAACAUUCCCGUUGUUGUCCAGUUUGAAGCCUUUCUUGGCCUUCUGGUAUUUUGAUAGAAGGUAUUUCAGACCUGUGCUUUUUAUUGUAUGUAAGACUGGCUGUGCUGACAACUCAAGUUUAGACAAGAAGUAAAACACUGGAUGCUUU